AUGGGCGUGAAACCGACAGCUGACGCCCAGGACCCCGCGGCCGCCAGCGCCGCCGUCGCCGACGCGGCGCUCCCGCCGGGCUACCGCCGGCGCCUGGCCUCGCUGCACGCGCGCGCGCUCCUCGGGCUCGUCGCCAGCGGCGCGCUCGUCGCGCUCGCUGCCGGCGCGGCGCUGCUCGCGGCGCGGCGGUUCUGGCCGUGGUACCUGGCCCUCGAGGGCGCGUUCCUGUUCGUCUGGCUGCUGCGCAAGCGCGUGCUCGACCGCGUUCCGGACGAGCACUACGAAUUCCCAAAGGGCCACGACACUUUGAAGACCUUUGACCACUUCCGCCGCUCCAUGGGCAUCAUCGCACGGGACAGCCGGUCCUACGACAUGGUCGGCCGGUGGUUUGACUACGCACCCAUUGACCAGAUCAAGCGGCAGAACGUGCGGGACCUGCUGGCCUAUGGCUUCGGCUACCGCAGAGCCGCCGAGUUCGACGCUGCGGGCGAGGGUGAUGUCCCAGACACCAUCCUCGGCCACAUCGAAUCCAAGUGGGGCAACGACUACGCCGAGGGCUUCAACCCAGACAUCAAAUACAUGUCCCACCUCCACGAGCCCCUCCGCGCCUGCCCCAAGCCGCUCUGGUGGUACCUUUUUGCAGAGGGCCUUGGAGCUAUAAAGCACGCCGUGCUCGCCGCCGCCGGCUUCCGCUGCGAGCGGCGCGGCGGCUUCCUGUAUUACACCCUCGGCCUGCCGCCGGCGAGCGACGCGGCCGCGGCCGCGGCGGCGGCCGCCGCGGCCGGCGGCUACGAGGCCGCGCCGCCGCUCGUGUUCUGCCACGGCGUGGGGCUGGGGCUGCUGCCAUACAUCCACUUCGUGCUCAAGGCGGCGGCGCUGGGGCGGCCGCUGGUGGCGAUCGAGUGGCCGCACCUGGCGCUCAGGUGGACGAGCUUCAUCCCUACGGUUGACCAGUGCGCCGAGGUGCUGCUCGGCAUCCUGGACGCCCACGCCAUCCCCAAGGCCGCCUUUGUCGGCCACUCCUUCGGCACCUUCUUCAUGGCCCGACUGCAGCGCACCGCGCCGCACCGCGUCGCCGCCAUGGCGUUCGUGGACCCCGUCUGCAUGUGCAUGUGGAGCGGCCACCUCAUCCGGUCGUUUGUGCUCAGGCCGCACGCCACCAAGAGCGGACCCAUCACUUGGAACGUUUCGCGGGACAUCCACACCGCAGCGGCGGUGGCGCGGCGGUUUUACUGGAGCGAGUACAACCUCUGGCCGGACAUGUUCCCUGAGAAGUGCCUGGUGGUGCUGUCGGGCCGCGACGACCUGGUGCCUGUAAUGCACGUGGAGUCGAUGGUGCGAGACGAGACGGGCGCGGCCAUGAUGAUCCACCGCCAGGGCAAGCACGCCGCGUUCCUCUUCGACCUGAAGUGGCAGGUGGAGGUGCUGGCCGGCGUGUGGCGGCUGGUCGACGGCUGCGGCGCCGGCGGGGCUGCCGCGGAAGGCGGGCAGGUCGAUGGGACGGCGGCCGCGGAGAGGGCCGCCUCGCGGUCGCCGUCGGGCGAGCUGCUGGCCGCGGCGACGGAGCAGAAGUCGCAGCCGCAGCCGCCGCUGACGCGCGCGGCGCGGCGCCUGCUGGCGCACGGGCACAGCGACAGCGCUUUCAGCCUCAGCUACAGCGCCAGCCUGGGGUCUUUGGACGGCCUCGCCCGCGCAGGCAGCGGCGGCGGCGCAGACCUGCCGGAUGCUCCCGGCGGCGCGCCCGACGCGUGCGCCGCGAAGGGGCCGCUGCGGCGCAGGCGCGGCAGCGGCGGGGGCGUGGGGCCGGCGGACGCGGCGGCGGCGCUGGCGACCAAGGCGGCGGGCGGGCGGGCCAGGACCAGGCAGGGGUCGAUGUCGGCGGCCGAUGAUCUACUCUCCGAGUAG